GGAAAAAGAAAGCGACAUCUAGCGGGAGCGACAUUUGAACGUUUCGCUAACCAUGCAUGCUUUGGUGUUUUAGUUAAAAUAGAAAAGCAAACCAAACAACCAUGGCUGGUGCAGCGGCAAGAAAGCUACAGUAUGAGUACAAAGCGAACUCUAACCUUGUGUUACAAGCUGAUCGUUCUCUGAUUGAAAAACGUGCUAGAGAUGAACCGACUGGAGAAGUUACCACCCUUGUCGGGAAGAUCACAGGAACCAGAAUGGGAGACAAAGCCAUGAGAUCUAAACCUCCACAGAUGGAGGAGCGCAAAGUCAAGAGAACAAAACGUGAUGAAGCUCAGCGAGACAUGCUGAAAAUGAAAGGAGCAACAUUACUGUCAGAAGGUAUAGAUGAAUUUGUGGGAAUCAUUUACAGACCCAAAACUCAAGAGACGAGACAGACUUAUGAAGUAAUCCUCAGCUUUAUACAGGCAGCACUGGGUGAUCAGCCCCGUGACGUUCUGUGUGGUGCAGCAGAUGAGGUCCUUCAAGUGCUGAAGAAUGACAGAUUGAAGGAUAAAGAGAGAAAAAGAGAAGUAGAAGAUUUACUGGGUGGGUUGGCGGAGGAGAGGUUUGCAGUUCUUGUCAACCUCGGGAAGAAAAUUACUGAUUGGGGACAGGAGAAGAUGCAGACAGAUGACAAUAUUGAUGAGACAUAUGGUGUGAAUGUACAGUUUGAAGAAUCUGAAGAUGAGGAUGAUGGUGAUGUUUAUGGUGAAGUCAAAGAAGAUGCAGAAGAAGAGGAUGAUGAUGAAGAAGGAGUAGAAGCUAAUUUAAAUGAAACCCUACACACCAAUUUGGCUGGAGAAGAUGGGAUUAACAAAUCAGAUUCAGGACUCCACCCUCGAGAUAUCGAUGCCUUUUGGCUUCAGAGAAAACUCAGCAAACACUACCCUGAUGACCCGACGAUGGCCCAGACUAAGGCCGGAGAGCUCCUCCAGAUUCUCAAGACUGCGGGAGACGACAGAGAGGUGGAGAACCAGCUUGUCAUGCUGCUGGGCUUCGACAUGUUCGACUUCAUCAAAGUCCUUCGACAACACAGACAAAUGAUUCUGUACUGUACAAUGCUGGCCCAAGCUCAGACUAAUGAUGAGAAAAAGAGCAUUGAGGAGAAGAUGUCAUCAGAUAACGAGUUGUCAGGGUACCUCAGAGCACUCGGGGCGACGGACAAAGAGGACCUUGUGACAGAAGAACGAACGAGGCGCCAACAAGUCCGACAGAGCAGGGUAGCUGCAGACAUUGAGGCCAUGGAUGUAGACCAAAGCCAGCAAAAACUUGGAGCAGUGAAUCUCCUUGACCUUGAAGACUUGACCUUUGGCCAGGGCAGUCGUCUGAUGGCUAACAAACGAUGUCAGCUUCCUGAUGGGUCAUACAGGAAGCAGAGGAAAGGUUACGAAGAAGUUCAUGUACCAGAGCUAAAACCAAAGACUUUUGAAACGGAUGAGACCUUACUGCCAAUAGACAGACUUCCAAAGUACGCACAGCCAGCCUUUGAGGGAUUCAAAUGUCUGAACCGCAUACAGAGCCGAUUGUGGAAAUCAUGUAUGGAGUCUGAUCAGAACCUCCUGUUGUGUGCCCCCACGGGAGCUGGUAAGACCAAUGUGGCAUUACUGUGUAUGCUGAGAGAGAUUGGAAAACACAUCAACACUGACGGCACCAUUAACACGGAUGAAUUCAAAAUCAUUUACAUAGCCCCCAUGAAGUCUUUAGUUCAGGAAAUGGUGGGCAGCUUUGGAGAGAGGUUGAAAUCGUAUGGAAUUAAGGUGAAGGAGCUGACCGGUGACCACCAGCUGACCAAGGAACAGAUCACCAACACUCAGAUCAUAGUAUGCACCCCAGAAAAAUGGGACAUCAUCACCAGGAAGGGGGGCGAGCGAACCUACACUCAGCUCGUCAGGCUCAUGAUAUUUGAUGAGAUUCACCUUCUCCAUGACGACAGAGGACCCGUGCUGGAGGCUUUAGUGGCCAGGACUAUACGAAAUAUUGAGACAACCCAGGAGGACGUGCGAUUGGUCGGGCUCAGCGCUACCCUGCCUAACUACGAGGACGUGGCCACGUUUCUGCGGGUGGACCCAGCGGAGGGGCUGUACUUUUUUGACAACAGUUUCCGACCUGUUCCUCUGGAGCAACAGUUCAUUGGGAUCACGGAGAAGAAAGCGGUCAAGAGAUUUCAAAUCAUGAAUGAGAUUGUGUAUGAGAAAGUCAUGGAGCAUGCUGGGAAAAAUCAGGUGUUGGUCUUUGUCCACUCAAGGAAGGAGACGGGUAAGACAGCUCGAGCGAUCCGCGACAUGUGCCUGGAGAAAGACUCCCUGGGAAUGUUCCUGAAGGAGGGCUCAGUUUCCACGGAGGUCCUGAGAACUGAGGCAGAACAGGUCGAGAAUCUAGAGCUCAAAGAUCUACUGCCAUACGGCUUUGGGAUCCAUCACGCUGGAAUGACCAAAGUGGACCGUAUUCUGGUAGAAGAUCUGUUUGUUGACCGACACAUUCAGGUGUUAGUAUCUACUUCUACCCUGGCCUGGGGGGUGAAUCUACCAGCCCACACAGUCAUCAUCAAGGGGACUCAGAUUUACAACGCUGAGAAGGGACGGUGGGUGGAGCUUAGUGCUCUGGACGUCAUGCAGAUGUUUGGAAGGGCUGGUCGUCCGCAAUAUGACACCAAAGGUGAAGGCAUCAUGAUUACAAACCACAGUGAAUUACAGUAUUACCUGUCUCUGAUGAAUCAACAGUUGCCAAUUGAGAGUCAGUUUGUGAGUCGAGUUGCAGAUUGCCUGAAUGCUGAGUGUGUUCUGGGAACCAUACAAUCUGUCAAAGAGGCUGUGGAUUGGCUGGGGUACACUUAUCUGUACAUUAGAAUGUUGCGAGCUCCGGCACUGUAUGGUGUAAGUCAUGACGCACUGAAAGAUGACCCACUGCUUCAACAGCGACGGAAAGAUCUGAUCCACACAGCGGCCUUGACCCUGGAUAAAAAUAACCUGAUUAAAUAUGACAAAAAGACGGGGCAGAUCCAGAGCACGGAGCUAGGGAGAAUCGCCAGUCAUUAUUAUUGCACCAACGACACCAUCGCUACAUACAACCAGCUGCUGAAACCUACACUGAGCGAAAUCGAGUUGUUCCGAGUGUUUUCACUGUCCUCGGAGUUCAAACACAUCACAGUUAGAGAGGAGGAGAAGUUGGAGUUACUGAAGCUAUUGGAGAGGGUCCCCAUCCCCAUUAAAGAGAGCAUCGAGGAAGCCAGCGCCAAGGUGAACGUAUUGCUUCAAGCCUACAUCUCUCAGCUGAAGUUGGAGGGCUUUGCUUUGAUGUCUGAUAUGGUGUUUGUGACUCAGUCAGCAGGGCGCCUGAUGAGGGCCAUAUUUGAGAUUGUGUUGCACAGAGGCUGGGCACAGCUUGCUGACAAGGCCCUCGCCCUGUGUAAGAUGGUCAACAAACGCAUGUGGCAGAGUAUGUGUCCCCUGCGACAGUUCAGUGACAAGAAGAUGCCAAUCGAAGUCAUCAAGAAAAUUGAGAAGAAAAAUUUCCCCUUCGAACGUCUGUAUGAUCUGGAUCCACUGGAAAUUGGGGAGUUUAUUCGAGUCCCGAAAAGUGGGAAGACCAUCCAUAAAUAUGUCCAUCUGUUUCCUAAACUGGAACUGUCCGUACAUGUCCAGCCGAUUACGAGAGCCACACUUAGGGUGGAACUCACCAUUACACCAGACUUUCAGUGGGAUGAAAAAGUUCAUGGAUCUUCUGAAGCGUUCUGGAUCCUUGUGGAGGAUGUUGAUAGUGAAGUUAUCCUUCAUCACGAGUAUUUCCUACUCAAAAGUAAAUUUUCCCAGGAUGAGCAUGUUGUUAAGUUCUUUGUCCCUGUCUUUGAGCCGCUUCCCCCUCAGUACUUCAUCAGAGUGGUGUCCGACCGGUGGAUAGGGGCGGAGACACAGCUACCAGUCUCAUUCCGUCACCUGAUUCUUCCGGAGAAGUAUCCCCCGCCCACAGAGCUACUGGACCUGCAACCACUCCCUGUGUCUGCCCUAAGAAGCCCAGCCUUUGAAGGCCUCUACAGCGACAAGUUCCCAUUCUUCAACCCAAUCCAGACCCAGGUGUUUAAUGCUGUGUACAACACCAAUGAGAAUGUCUUUAUUGGGGCUCCCACGGGGAGUGGUAAAACAAUCUGUGGGGAGUUUGCCAUACUGAGGAUGUUCUCCCAGAAUCCGGAUGGUCGCUGUGUAUAUGUCACCCCACUGGAGCCCCUAGCCCAGCAGGUUUACACGGAAUGGACAGCUAAGUUUGGAGGACAGCUGGGGAAAAAGGUGGUCCUUCUCACCGGGGAAACAGGGACUGACCUUAAACUGUUAGCAAAGGGAAACAUCAUCAUUAGUACUCCAGAGAUCUGGGACGUGUUGUCACGGCGAUGGAAGGUCAGGAAGAAUGUACAGAGUGUCAACCUCUUUGUUGUGGAUGAGCUUCAUCUGAUCGGUCAGGAGGUUGGGCCGGUGCUGGAGGUAAUAUGCUCGAGGAUGAGGUAUAUGUCCACUCACUUAGAACACACGAUACGUGUCGUGGCUCUCAGCUCUUCCAUCUCCAACGCUAAGGAUGUCUCCCAGUGGCUGGGCUGUACUCCCACAGGGUUCUUCAACUUCCAUCCCAACGUCAGACCAGUCCCUCUGGAGCUUCACAUACAGGGUUUCAACAUCAGCCACAAUCUGUCUCGAAUAAUCGCCAUGGCAAAGCCUACAUAUCAAGCCAUCCUUCGUCACUCGCCACGGAAACCAGUUAUUGUGUUUGUGCCAUCAAGGAAACAGACGAGGUUGACUGCUAUCGACAUUUUGACCUUCAGCGCUGCAGAGAUUCAGGUGGACACGGACACCCCUAGGAGUCGUUUCCUUCACGUGAAGGAAGAAGACAUUCAGCCUUUCCUAGAGAAAAUCUCUGACAAGACCCUGAAGGAAACGCUUAGCAAUGGAGUGGGGUACCUACAUGAAGGUCUGACGGACAUCGAGAGGAAGGCGGUGGAGAAUCUAUUUUCUAGUGGUGCAGUGCAGGUGUUGGUGGCCUCUAGGAGCCUCUCCUGGGGGAUGAGUGUGUCCGCCUAUCUGGUCAUCGUCAUGGACACGCAGUACUACGACGGAAAAACUCACUCAUAUGAGGAUUACCCUGUCCCAGAUGUUCUACAGAUGGUCGGGAGAUCAAACCGACCCCUCAUUGAUCAGGAAGGGAAAGCGUUAAUUAUGUGCCAGAGCUCAAAGAAAGAAUUCUUCAAGAAAUUCCUCUAUGAACCUCUGCCUGUAGAGAGUCACUUGGACCACUGUCUACAUGACCACUUUAAUGCUGAGGUGGUGACAAAGACCAUAGAAAAUAAGCAGGAUGCGGUGGACUAUCUGACAUGGACCUUCUUAUACAGGAGAAUGACACAGAACCCCAACUAUUACAAUCUGCAAGGUGUCACUCAUAGACAUUUAUCAGACCACCUGUCUGAGGUUGUAGAAAACACGGUGUCUGAUCUGGAACAGUCCAAGUGUAUCAGUAUUGAAGAUGAAAUGGACAUGACACCAUUGAACUUGGGCAUGAUUGCCGCCUACUACUACAUUAACUACACCACAAUAGAAACAUUCAGUCUGUCCCUGAACAACAAGACAAAGAUAAAGGGUCUGCUGGAGAUCAUCUCUAACGCAGCCGAGUACGAGGAUGUACCCAUUAGGCAUCACGAGGAAGCCAUAUUGAAAUCGCUGUCCAGUCGCCUACCAAACAAGCUAUCCAACCAGAAAUACAACGAUCCGCACGUAAAGACGAAUCUCAUGUUACAGGCGCAUCUGUCGCGCAUGCAGCUGUCAGCGGAACUCCAGUCGGAUACAGAGGAAGUCCUCAGCAAGGCCAUCCGUCUGAUCCAAGCUUGUGUGGACGUACUGAGUAGCAAUGGUUGGCUUAGCCCCGCCCUGGCAGCCAUGGAGCUAGCUCAGAUGGUGACCCAGGCCAUGUGGGGCAAGGACUCGUAUCUUAAACAGCUCCCCCACUUUACUCAGGACCUCAUCAAAAAGUGUCAGGAAAAGAAAAUUGAGAGCAUUUUUGACGUAAUGGAGAUGGAGGAUGAUGAGAGAAAUGAACUUCUUCAGCUUACUGAGGAACAAAUGGCCGAUGUGGCGAGGUUCUGUAACAAGUACCCCAACAUUGAGAUGUCAUUUGAGGUCCAGGAAAAAGAAACCAUUCACAGUGGUUCCUCUGUCAAUGUGCUGGUGUCUCUAGAAAGAGAAGAUGAAUUAGUGGGACAAGUAGUGGCUCCUUUCUUCCCUCAGAAACGUGAAGAGGGCUGGUGGGUAGUGAUUGGAGACAACAAAUCAAACUCUCUCCUGUCCAUCAGACGUCUGACCUUGCAGCAGAAGGCCAAGGUCAAACUUGAUUUUGUGGCACCGUCUCCUGGUCACUAUAACUACACGAUCUUCUUCAUGAGUGACGCUUACAUGGGAUGUGACCAGGAAUAUAAGUUCAGCAUUGAUGUGAAGGAAGGGGACAGCGAUAGCGAAAGUGAAAGUGAUUAGAGGACCAGCUGGAAUAUCAGAACAGAGAGAAAAUCCCAGACAGACACUGCAACACAAAUUUUAGAGGGAAAUAAUUUAAGGACCAUUGUGUACACAGACCAAUUCACUUGAUACACUACUGACUGGAGCAGCUGCUGCUGUCUAUAAUAUGAAUUUUGGUUGAGAUUUUAUUUGUACAUGUAUGUUUCUGUACAAACAAUACAUCUAACAUUAGCUUUUAAAAGUUUCCAUAGGAACAAAUAUUGAGUGGUAUAUUUGAAUGAAACACUUUUGUUUUUAUAUGAAAAUAAACAUGCAAGAUAAGAUCCACUUCUAGUGUAAAUUUAAGUUUGUUGGGGCCUUGGUUAAGGGUACAUAAAACAAAUGUACAGGCUUGUAUAUACAAGAUUGAUGCCCUUGUGAGAAAUAGAGGACUCAGGUUGUUGACCAGUAGUUACUUAUUGUCUGUAUUCAGUUGUGUUGUUGAUCAUGAAGUUUUUCUCAAUGUCAUGGGGAAAAAAAUUCUGUGAAAGACAAAAAGUUAAAAACUUUGUGUUAAACAUUAAUCACAGGAAAUUUCAUUUCAAUAUGUUCCUGUAAAUGACUAUUUUAGAGUAAGCUAUUUGAUGGUGAAUCGUGUAAUUUCAUCUUGUCAUUACUGCUAGACAUUUUUAAAUUUGUGUCAUUUAUCAUAUAAAGCAUACCAAAUGUAAGUAAGAUUUACAAUAAAAUGAUUUACAAAUGUGA